UUACCACCGCUCACACCCUUAUUGGCGCGGGUACAUAAGCUCUAGCACGACGAUUCAUCAAACAUUCAUCGCGAGAAAAUGAAGUUUUUAAUAGUAUCCACAGCGGCGUUACUGCUGGCUUUAGUGACGGGUAUCCUUGGAACUCCAGGGCGUGGACAGCGCCGCCUCUUGCCCCCCUCUCGGUACUCCGAUCCCGGGUUGUCACCAGAUGCCGGGUUCAUUCAAUGCGCAGACCCAACUCCGUUAGUGGGUCAAUGGGUUAUCAACCGUUACGACGAUAAGGAAUGUCUGUCUCUGGUCAAGGAAAAAUGCGGAAACCUGGUACAGUAUACUACGCAACAGUGGCACGAAGGCAUAAAGGUACGUGAAAAUUGCGGUGAUAUCCCCCGGUGGACGGCCAUUGCAACCUUCACCGCUGGAUGGGACAUAUAUCUAAGAUGGGGUGGUCAUGCAGCCAUUUUUGAAUCCUGCACUCCAGAUGGCAUCUGGGUUUACGACCAGAAUGCCACCCAUCCAGUACACAGAUGGCGCUUCAACAAUUAUGACAACCUCUUCACUAUUCGGGUGCGGUAGGAAAGUACGUCAGGAAAAAGAAGUGUGUGAUCCAAUAUGUACCUUAUGUCUGAUUGCUUGCCUUGCAAAAUAACUGGUCUGCAUCUUCCUUUUGUUCUUGCGGUGUUGCGCCCGAAAGGGUAUAUAUAUAUAUAUAUAUAUAUAUAUUUUAAUCUAUGUGUUAAAUUGUCCAAUAAAUAAAUUAGUUUUUGUUAACGUUCCUGUAA